AGACGCCACGAGUCGGCGGCGCUACCGAGGGGCUGUGGGCGCGCAGCUGGAACCUCCGGCUGUCAGUGCGCUUACAGUUCCUCACCCCGACCCUGCGCGCAGCCCGCACUAUGGCAGCCCCGCCGCAGCUAAGGGCUCUGCUCGUAGUCGUCAACGCACUGCUGCGCAAGCGCCGCUACCACGCUGCGUUGGCCGUGCUUAAGGGCUUCCGGAACGGGGCUGUCUAUGGAGCCAAAAUCCGGGCCCCUCACGCGCUGGUCAUGACCUUUCUCUUCCGGAAUGGCAGAUCAACAUGUACCUGUUGUCACGCGUCCUGUUUGCCCUGAGCCGCCUGGCUGUAGAGAAGGGCUACAUCCCUGAACCCAGGUGGGACCCGUUCCCGCUGCUCACUGCGGUGGUGUGGGGGCUGGUGCUGUGGCUCUUUGAGUAUCACCGAUCCACCCUGCAGCCCUCGCUGCAGUCCUCCAUGACCUACCUCUAUGAGGACAGCAAUGUAUGGCACGACAUCUCAGACUUCCUCGUCUAUAACAAGAGCCGUCCCUCCAAUUAAUGCAGCCCUGAGGUGUCUGGCUGUGGCUCAAGAUUUGGCCCCAUGCAGACCCUCCCAAAGGAUACUGCCUUCUCAAGAUCAUAGGCCUCAGACUCCAACUGGUGUUAUCCCAGGGUUCCGUUUGCUGAAGUAAAAACACUGAUUUUAAGAUCCCAGUGGGUACCUUUGUAUGGUGGCACAAGUGGCCGAAUCAGGCUGAGGAAUCUAGGGCUUGGUUCCAGCUGUGCAGCUGACUUCUGUGAGACUGGGGCCAGCCACGCUACGCUCUAGGCCUCAGGGGUCAUGGAGCUCAGAGGAGGGCCCUGAGGUCUCUUUCCGGUGGGUAUGUUCAUUCUUCAACUGUUCUUAUGUCACAGAGGGCUCCUUGCUGGUGGGCAGUGGGUUGUAAAUACUUUUUAAAAAACACUAAGUUCCUUAUCUCAGAUGCUGUUCUACUGGAGAAGUUCUAGAUUCCCACUGUCCAAUAGAAACACGUGAGCCAUAUAUGUAAUUAAAAUGUUUCUAGUAGCUGCAUUACAAAAAAGAAGCCUGGGCACUGUGGCUCACUCCUGUAAUCUCAGAACUUUGGGAGGCUGAGGCAGGUGGAUCACUUGAACUCAGGAGCUUGAGACCAGCCUGGGCAACAUGGUGAAACCCAGUUUCUACAAAAAAUACAAAAAAUUAGCCGGGUUCCAUCACCUGUGGUUCCAGCUGAGGUGGGAGGAUCACUUGAGCCUGUGAGGUCGAGGCUACAGUGAGCAAAGAUCACGCCACUGCACUCCAGCCUGGGCGACAGUGAGACCCUGUCUCACCAAAGAAAAAAAAAAGGUGAGAUUAAUCUUCACUAUAUAUUUUAACACAAAUUUCUAAAAGUUAUUUCAACAUAUAAUUAACAUCAUUAGAUAUUUUGUACUCUUUUUUGUAUUACGUAUUCAAAAUUGGGUGUAUGUUUUGCCACCCACAUUUUCAGGACCCAGUAGCCACAUGUGGCUAGUGGCUGCUGUGACGGGCAACACAGAUAUGGAACACUUGUAUCCUCACAGAUUAUUCUAGUGGACAGUGCAGAUCUAGAGCUAGAGGACAUGGGUUUGAGUCCCCACUCCCCCACUGUGUAACCUUGGGGAAGGUUCUGGACCUCUCAGAGCCUCAAUUUUCAUAAAAUGAGGAUAAUCAUAAUGCCGUGGUCCUCACUGGACUUGUGCAACUACCACUGAUGUGCUACUAAUUACUUUCAUUUAGUGCAUUCAUACUCCCACUUGGGUGUUUUCCACAUAUUAUUAUUUUUUUUUUUUUUAAGUAGCGACAGGGUCUCGCUCUGUCACUAGGGCUAGUCUCGACCUCCUAGCCUCAAGCAAUCUUCCUGCCUCAGUCUCCCAAAGUGCUAUGAUUACAGGCAUGAGCCACUGCCCCUAGCCUGCACAUAUUAUUUUUAAACCAUACAGUGGCCUUGCAAAUGUGUGUUUUCGUCCCCAUUUUACAGAUGUAGAAACUGAGGGUCAGGCCAGGUGCAGUGGCUCACGCCUGUAAUCCCAGCACUUUGGGAGGCUGAGGCAGGAAGAUAACCUGAGAUCAGGAGUUCUUGACCAGCCUGGCCAACAUGGUAAAACCCCAUCUCUACUAAAAAUACAAAAAUUAGCCAGGCAUGGUGGCACGUCCCUGUAAUCCCAGCUACUCGGGAGGCUGAGGCGGGAGAAUCACUUGAACCUGGGAGGCAGAGGCUGCAGUGAGCUGAGAUCGCACGACUGCACUCCAGCCUGGGCCACAGAGCGAGACUGUGUCUAAAAAAAAAAUAAAAAAAGAAAAGAAAAGAAACUGAGAAUCAGAGAGGAGAGUAACUUGCCCAAGGUAAUACAGCUAGUAUAACAGCCAAAUCAAGAUUUGAACUCAGAUUCGUCUGAUUUCAAAGCCCAUGUUUUUUCCAGUGCCUUGUUUCAAAUUUAGAAACCUAAGCCAUGCUAUGCAAAUGUUAGCUCAUUAUAGGAUAUGGGCCAGAAAGGGGUACACAUUCAAAUGCCCACAGGGGCCUACAAUGACAUAGUGCUAUGCGAUGAGGAGUGAUGGGGACAUGGGGAACUGGAGACUUGUGUACCAGUCUGAUUUUUUCUUUUUUUUUUUUUUGAGACAGAGUCUUGCUCUCUCGCCCAGGCUGGAGUGCAGUGGUGCGAUCUUGGCUCACUGCAAGCUCUGCCUCCCAGGUUUACUUACACCAUUCUCCUGCCUCAGCCUCUGGAGUAGCUGGGCCUACAGGUGCCCGCCACCACACCCGGCUAAUUUUUUGUAUUUUUAGUAGAGAUGGGGUUUCACCGUGUUAGCCAGGAUGGUCUCAAUCUCCUGACCUCAUGAUCCACCCACCUUGGCCUCCCAAAAUGCUGGGAUUACAGGUGUGAGCCACCAUGCCUGGCCAAGUCUGAUUUUUUCAAAACCACGAUCCUGGACCAGGCACGGUGGCUUGCACCUGUAAUCCCAGCACUUUGGGAGGCCGAGGCGGGUGGAUCACCUGAGGUCAGGAGUUCGAGACCAGCCUGGCCAACAUGGCGAAAUCCUGUCUCUACUGAAAAUACAAAAAUUAGCUGGACAUGGUGGCAGGCACCUGUAAUCCCAGCUACUUGGGAGGCUGAGGUGGGAGAAUCUCUUGAACCUGGGGGGCUGCUGUGAGCCAAGAUAGUUCCAUUACACUUCAGCCUGGGUGACAGAGUAAGACUCUGUCUCAAAAAAAAAAAAAAAAAAAAAAAAAAAAAAAAAAACACAAUCCUGGACAAAUCAAACAAGUCUCCAGGAAAAUUUGGUCCAUGGGCUACCAAUUUGAGACCAUUGGUCUGGUAGAUACACUUUCAUUAAUAUACUUACUCCAUCACUCUUUCUAUAUUUUAGAAGUUACUAGUGGAAAUGUAUGCAGGAGUCACUGGAGACCUUAUUAAAAUGCAGCUUCUGAUUCAGUGAGCUGGGGUGGGGCCUGAGAGUCUGCAUUUCUCCCAGGCUCCCUGGUGCUGCCAGUGGUGCUGCUCUGAGUAACAAGGGGGUGGGGAAUGAUAUGGAGCUGUCCAUUAUUAUCCCAUCUGACAAAUGAGUCACAGAGCCCUUAGGUAAUUGAGGUGGGAUCAGUCUGAUUCUGUAAGCUGUGUUUUCAGCCACAACAUUUACUGCAAACUUGGAGUAGGUAAUUAUGAAGUUCCUUUAACUUGCUGUGGAGGUUGAAUGAGCUCUAGAGCAAGGGGUCCGCAACCCCGGUACCGGUCCAUGGCCUGUUCGGAACCAGGCCGCACAGCAGGAGUUGAAAGGUGGGCGAGCUAGCGAAGCUUCUUCUGUAUGUACAGCCACUCCCCACUACUCACAUUACCACCUGAGCUCUGCCUUCUGUCAGAUCAGUGGUGGCAUUAGAUGCUCGUAGGAAUGCAAACCCUAUUGUGAACUGCACAUGCGAGGGAUCUAGGUUGCAUGCUCCUUAUGAGAAUCUAAUGCCUGAUGAUCUGUCACUGUCUCCCGUCACGCCUGGAUGGGACCGUCUAGUUGCUGGAAAACAAACUCAGGGCUCCCACUGAUUCUACAUUAUGGUGUGUUGUAUAAUUAUUUCAUUAUAUAUUACAAGGUAAUAAUAAUAGAAAUAAAAUCCACAGUAAAUGCAA